AUGUUCGGCCAAACCUCUUUAAUUUCCAGCUCUGCUUCUUCUGUUCCUUCUAAAAGAUCGAGAUCAUAUUCUCAAGAAUCUAUUACCAUCUCUACCUCAAGCUCGGCAAAUUGUGCUGUCAGCUUUAUGGAUGUUGACUCUGGAAACUGCUCUUUUGGCGAAUGCAAUAUUUCGUUUUGUGCUCGUGAGGAAGAGGACGAGGAUGAUAUUGAGAUCCUUUUGGACCCCUCUCAGCUUGAUAUGGAGGACCAAUUUAUUUUUGAGAUUGUAACUGGCUAUGGUCAACGCAAACCUAGCUGCUAUUCUGUGAUUCACUUGUUUUAUAUGAUUUUAUUAAGAAAUUUUAUACUCUUGAAAGCGAAUGUGUCUACAAAAGACUUAAAAGUAGAUGUUAAUUUAGGAGUGGUUUAUCUAGAUGAAGGGACGAAAAAUCCUGUUAAAACAUGUACAUUUGUUGGAGGUAUACAGAAGCUAACAAAGCUAAAAUUGUAUAAUGAUGCAAAGAUCCAUUUUUUUCAUAUUGUUCUGUGUUGUUUAAGUACAUAUUGUUCAUCCUAUGGUGGAAUGAAAGAUAUAAAAAAGAGUAGGAUUUACGCAAACUGGCUUCUAGAGAUGCUCUUGAAAUACAGGUCCACUGAAUACCAAAGCUAUUAUUAUGUAAAAUACUUUUAUCUUAUGCUACUCAAGUACUUUAUAAUGAAGAUUACGUAUAUUCUAUAA